AUGGCCAACCUGUCGGUCAACUCGCCGGCCGGGGGGCGCGGCCUCGGCGGGGCGGUUCUCUUCCCGGAGGAGGAGGAGGAGGAGGAGGAGGAGGAGGCCUCCGACAUGGCGGCCGGCCCCAACGCCGGCGGCCAGCUCCAGGUGGAUGACCUGGACAUCCAGCCGACCUCGGUUUCCUCGCCACGCAUGGUCGACGGGGAGGAUGGCACGCACUUCGAGCUUCCGGCCGACGGCGGCGACGAGAGCGCCGGCCAGGUGGCCGGUGGCAACAGCAACCUGUCCGGCGGCCAGCUUUCCCUCUCGUCUCCGGCUGGGCCUGGCGACGAGGCUGCCGAGGAGCAUGUGCCGACCGCGGCGAAGGACUCCACCGCGACCGGACCGACCAGCCCCAAUCCGGUGACCACCCCGGAGGCCAACCGUCCGCCCCGCCGGCGGCGUGGGUCCCGGGUGCAGCCCCGUGCCACCGGCUCCGCCGCGGCCCAGCACCAGUAA